AGUGACGCAGGGCAGCAACAUCACGGAUGUUCAGGGACGAGGCUGGCCUGAGCUGGGACUCACCGCGGCUCCUGGAGCGUCCAGCGAACACUGAUUUUAUUGGAUGCUUUCCUUCACGGAGCUUGCGAUGCCAGCAACAGAAAAACAAAAUAGUAGCGAUAGUCCCGAGCAAAAGCAGCAGUAACAGCAGCACACACUGGAUACUAUACGGCCUUAAGAGGACCAAAAACGCCGCAGCGAUCAUCCUAAGUCGAGGUAGAGAACAGCAGAAUGUCCGCUCCCUUUGCGUCGCUGUUGAAGAUGACAAGUGACUUCACACUUGGAUCAUCGCAGAGCAGGCUCCGUGUCGGGGAUUGGUCCGAAUGACAGAGAUCAGAGGAAUGUUAUCAUUUUGUGCGAGGAAAACAUGUCCUCUCCCACUACAGCAGCGGGCGACGAAGAGGCGGAGGAGGUCGAUGAUGUGGAGUUUGUCUCAGAGGGGCCACUGAGACCUGUGUUGGACUCAAUUGAUCUGCUAAGUGACAGUGAAGAAGAAAAAUGCUCGUCAUGGGUGGAAACGACGGCUGAAAAGGUCCAACGUCAAAGAGAUGAGGCUAACGCUGCAUUGGCUAAACUUGCGCUGCGAGUGGAACGGGAAAAACGUGAAAGGGCCGAGAAACUUAAAGCAUUCAAGGAAAAGCAAAACAUCCAAAUGACCCGUGCCAAAGAGUUCCUCUCUUCUGUCACGAGCGAAAGUCAGCUAGAAGCAAGGCGUUGCGUCCAGAUGUGGGCGAAUAUGCCAGAUCCUACUCAGAGGAGAAGGCACAGAGCUCCAUCAUUCUCGCCGAACACCUCGACUCGAUACACGUGUCCGGUUAGUAACUGUGGCCGAAUAUUUGACAACCCACUUCUCCUUGGUGGUCACUUGAAAAGAUUCGACCACUCUCCGUGUGACCCCACCAUCCACCUUAAAGGAAGUCCGUCAGAGAUCUUUGCAUGCGUGGCUUGUGGUCAGCAUUUCCCUACGAAGGAAAGCUGGAGCGCUCAUCGAGAAUCCAAGCUAGCUCUUUCCAACACCGAAUGCCACAGUGUGACGCAAACCUUUCAGCUGAUCGUGUGCUUCGCUUGCCCCGCCUGCUUCCUUCUCUUCAGCCUCCGCGAUGAGUGUCUUCAGCACAUGUCGACCAAGAAUCACUUCACAGAGUCUCUCCCACUGACCGCAUCCAGUAGCUCGCCGCAGCCAGUUCCAAUUCCACAGUAUGUUAAAGAAUCUCUCAUCGCACUGUGCCAAGAAACAUCCUUCAGCGUCCGGUGUGGCAGGUGUCAGGCCGUACUGAAGUCCCAUCAGAGUGCAAUGGCUCACUUCAAUGUGAAAUGCAGAAACAGUAGUUUAAUAGCCACGGCGGAUAAAACGAUCGUGGAGGUGAUGAGACGGCUCCAGAUAAGGGGCCAGUGCCUCCUCUGUUGCCAGCUCUUUCUGAGCCAGGCUGACAUCGAAGAACACAAAGAGUCGACCCAGCACGAUGUGGAGAUCAAUCAAACCAUGGCGAGAGCGCUUCUCCAACACGGCAGAUUUGGCGAAACUCAACUCGGCACCAGAUCAAAUGAAGUCCUGGAGAAAAGCCUCUCCAUCGACCAUUGGAUUCCGAAGGGAAAGCGGAUGAGAAAGAGGAAGACGUCUGGGGAAACACCUGCCAAACGGCGGAGACAAAGUCCCAGCUUGGUCAUAGGAUGGGUCUGUGAGUGUGGCCAGCAGUUUUCUGAGGAAGCGAAAGCUCUUAAGCAUCUAAUGGCUGCGAACCAAAUAUUCCACCAGUGUGGCUUGUGUGGCAAGCAGAUGGGUGAAGCUUCAAUAACUCGCCUGCACAUGUGCCGCUUCCAUGGAUUCGCAAAUUUCUCCAACUUCUUUUUUUACUGCUGCAAGUGCAGCACGGUGAUGCCGGAGGUGGAGGACGUCCAUUCCCACGUGUCUGAGAAUCACAAGGGUCACACUUUUUUUUCCGAACAAGAAGUGUCGGAGGCAGCUCUGGCGAUGAUGCCUGCCAAGCCGUCCACCAGCUACGAUUGCGCUGCUAAACCGAGCACUGCAGGCUCUUCAAAACCGACGCGGACGUGGAUGUGCAGAAUGUGCGAGGACAUUUUCGACUCGGAGGCUGCCGUGCAGAAACACUGUAGUGGGGUCAACAAUCACAGUUUCCAGAGGUUCAUCUGCGGACACUGUUCCCAGAAGUUCUUUAAGGAGACCACCCUGCACCGGCAUUGUGUGAGGGAGCACGACGGCCGGAUUAAAGGCGGCUUCUUUUGCGGGCUCUGCGACAGCAUGCAGUUUGAAUCCAUUAGUGAGUUCUUGGAGCACUACAAAAGUCUUCACAGCAAAGACUACUACUGCUUGGAUGAAGCAGAAGUCGUGCCGCCAACUGUUCCUCAAAUUUGUCCCUGCUUGGGCUCAGAGAAAAGCAGCGAGGAACUGAAGCCCAUAAAGACAAGGUGCAUGAAAGAGCUGGCCUCUGAAGGCAAGUGCCAGUACGUGUGCGAACCUUGUAGUGUGACUCUGUGCACUUACGGUAAAAUCAAGACUCAUGUAGCCAUGAAGCACCCGUCAUUGAACCUGGACAUGAGCUUUGAGGUUGUGUGCACAAUCUGCCCGGAGACUUUCAAGGACGUACCGAGUUUCCAUACCCACUACCACGACCUACACUGCACACUGGAGCCCUGUCGGAGCUCCAGGACCAUUGGGACAAAAGUGAAAACUGAGUCCACAACUGUGGGAGAACUGGACGCUGAAGAGAUGAAAACAGACACAAGUGUCAAGGAUGAAAUGGAGGAUCCAAAUACAAUACAGGCCACUGCAAAAGAUGCCGCCAGUUCAGAUGAAUCUGAUGAAGAUGUGAAGCGAGCUUUGGCCUUCAGUCUGGAGGAAGAUUCACCAGAUUUACAAGAAGCUCUCCAAAGAAGCAUGUUGGAUUUCUAAGAAAAAUUAAGGUUUCAUUUUCCAGCUUAGUUCCUUUGUUCUGUUGUUCAUUUUCAGAAAGUAUUAAAGUUAAUUUCAAUGUCA